CCUACGAGAGUUGGCUUCUUUGCUGAUAUAUAGGAUGAACAUGUAUCCGUAGACUGCGCGGCUAAAUCGAGUCCAAUUGCCAAAGCCAUCAUGUGCCGUGUUCGGGAUCCCGGGCAAUAAACGAUCGAUGAUGGCCCAACCCACCGACGAACCAAGUGCCCCAAGAGAGAAAAAUUCCGUCAAAGUCAACAUGCCAGGUUGGUAAGUGCAAACCCCCCUCCACCACUUCCACCAUAUUUCGACCAUCCGCAAGGAUGGAUGCACGAGGCACGACACUGCCAGCAGCAAAAUCGGCCGUCGACAAGCAAAACAAACAACCUCCUACCGCUCCACCGGCUACGGGCUGUACCUUACAUAACUUGCAGCACUUCUCCCUACGCAGUAAGGUCAAACCUGGUUAUGGAGAUGGAGAUGCGCAUGGAAAUGGUCAACGGACUCUCCCACUCCCCAGUUAUCCCGCACAAGGCCCUGCCAAGUUCAGACGCGAGAAAUGGACCAGUGUCCACUGAUGGUACUGGAUUCCUUGUCUGAGACUAAACGGCGACUCUCACUCGACUUUCCCCUAGUCGAGUCUAUACCGCCUGGGGCUCCAGCCGGGACUUCCUUCUCUGACAAAAGUGUCACAACUCAAGGACUCCCAAUCCACAAUCAGUCCUUUCCAGCGCCAAUCAAGACCGAGUCUUCCGAGCCAGGCCUCAUCUGGCAAUCAAUCUGCGGUCCGGUCUUUUCUUGUUUUGCCAACACCCCAGGCCAUAUCGGCGCGGACGGACACACACCACCAACAGGCCCAGUCUCCAAAAGCUCCUGCUCGAAUCAUCCAAAACCACGCAACCAAGCCGAACCUCCAAGCCAGAGAAAACCCUAUCAAAAAUGGUGCCGGGCGUGUACCAAGUACAUUGUGGUCACUGCCGCGACACGAACGCCUGCAAACUACCCAUCCACAAAAUGUUUCAUCUCGAUGACCAGUUGGCCGGUUUGAUCAGAGAGUUAGGUUGUUGAAAUCGACAAUUCCAGAACUGCCAGCACACCACCAAGGACCGACGCUGUUCCGUGAUGCAGUUGCUCGGCCAUCCGAAUGAUGAUGGGCACGGCCCUGGCCUGGACCCGAAUCGUAGUGCUACUGCCAACGAAGACCGGCAAGAUGCAAGUAUUGAGAGGGCCCUAAACCUUUCGGCUGAAGCUUCGGAUAGCCACACCUCCGCUCGCUUCAUGUCAAAUCUCGCCGCGCCCCAGGCAGCCUGGGUCAUGAAUUGCGACCAAGCAACCCAUUGAGAAGAGAAGUUGGCUGUGCAGAUAGCGCGACGCGUCAGAUAGGAACUUAUCCAAAUGCAUUGAGCGCUGCUAUUCGUUGACAGCUUAACGGGCCUGGCGGGAGGUUCAUGUGUGUGUGUGGAUGGGGGCCUGUCCAUCAGCAUUCUGCAUUCUGCAUUCGUCCUGUAGCCCCUCUGCACUCACCGGUCUGCAGCAGUCUUGCUGCAGCAGAGCGUUGUCGUUUGGUGGAUGUGACGGAGUAGUGUAUUCGCACAUCCCUGGAACCAACCACGGCAAUAUCUGGGUACGACGGCUAUCCACCGUCAUCGUCAUGAUUCGGCGGCUCACAGUCUCGCAUCGCUAGCCACUUGUUGCGCCUUCUUCCAC